CAUACACAUACUAACCGAGCAGAGAGAGAGAGACGCGCGCGCGACUGGUUGAUGCAUACCACAGGGCGUUGUCACCCACAAUACGCCCUAUUUUUUAUUCUGUUUGUUAAAGUUUCACGGGUUGACGGUUGAAAAAAUGCAGGAUAAUCGUUUGAAUUUGCUAUUAUUUUUAGCACUGAUAGGUGGUUCGAUUCGAGAUUCAGCAACACAAAAUUUGAAUAACACUGCAGUAUGGUGUACAGUAUCCGAAGGAGAGCAAAAAAAGUGUGAAGACUUUGCAGAAGCAGUUGACAGAGAAAUCUCCAAGUUUCGUAACAAUUACAUAUCCAUUAAAUGUUUGCAAGCAUUUAACAAGGAUGAGUGUAUGUCUUUGUUGGAUCAUGAAAAAGCUCAUUUGACAACUCUUGAUGCUGGUGAAGUAUUUGUGGGUGGAAUGUAUCACAGUUUGGUACCUAUAAUGCAAGAGAUCCUUGAUACUAAUAAUAAUGGUAAUACUGGUAACGCUGGUGUAAAUUAUCAGUAUGCUGUUGCCGUUGUCAAAAAAAAUUCAAUGUCAGAAGUUAUUCAUAUAAGUCAUUUACGUGGCAAGAAAGCUUGUUUUGCAGGAGUUGGUAUGUUGGCUGGAUGGGUUACUUCAAUUCAUCAUUUGAUGAAAGAUGGAGGUAUGGAAAUUAUUGACUGCAACAACCAUGUUAAAUCUACAACAGCAUUCUUUGGUCCAAGUUGUGCUGUUAAUUCUCUAGUCAACAAGUACAAUCCACUUGGUGAUAACUCUGAUCAUCUAUGCAAGCUCUGCAUAGGCAAAAUACCAGGUGGUAGGUGCACAAAUUCAGAUCCAUAUUCAGGUUACGAAGGAGCAUUUAGAUGUUUAGUUGAAGCAGGUGAAAUUGCCUUCCUUGUUCACACUACCGUUGAGGAAAUGACUAAUAACAGGCAUAAAAAUACAGAUUUUACUGAUGUCAAGAAAGAUGAGUUUGAGCUUCUCUGUCUGGAUGGAUCUCGUAGAUCUGUGGAUGAGUAUGACAUUUGUCACUGGGGGAAGGUACCAACCAACGCAAUUGUCGUUUCUUCCGCUACUGAUCAAAAUAAGAGAAAGUUGUAUCAGAAAUUCUUAGAAGAUGCGGUGAAAUUUUUCGGAAAAUAUAAUAGUAGCACUAGCACUCCUCAAACCGAUUACUACAACAGCCGAGUCGGUAAUGAUAAGUUUUACAAUUCGACGCCAGGAUAUGGCAGAAACGGAGAACGUUACUUGUCCAGCACAUCAGAUCCAAGCAUACAACCUUUAGAUAUAUUCAAUAUUUUUGAGUCUAGCAGUCGUUAUGGCAUUCAUCACAAUCUAUUAUUUUCGGAUGCAGCCAAAGAUUUUGUGCGUAUUCAAGAAUCAGAUCAAACAUUUAGUGGAUACUUGAAGAAGGAAUUCCACGACAUGAUACUUGGCCUACGGCAUUGUCCUGUUCAAAAAAUGACUCUUUGCGUAGCUUCUGAAGCAGAGUUUGAGAAAUGCGUAAAAAUGAAGAUUGCUAUGAAAGCUCAACUGUUGCAACCUGAAUUGCUGUGUUUAAAAGGUCAAAGUCACAUUCACUGCAUGCAAGCAAUCAGAAAUGGGCAAGCCGACGUAUCGGUGUUCGACGCAGGUGAUGUCUACACAGCAGGUUUACGUUACGAACUCAUCCCCUUCGUUUCUGAAGUUUAUAAUCUCGGCGAACCUGCUUAUUACGUGGUAGCCGUUGCUCGUGAAGAAGACGACAAUACUGAUCUUACCUAUAUGAAAAAUAAAUACUCUUGCCAUGGUGGCAUCAACACUGCCGCUGGCUGGAUUUACCCAAUGGCUUAUUUGAUUUCCAAUAAUUGGAUUCGUGGUUAUGGGUGUGAUUCUCUUAGAUCUGCAGCCGAAUACUUUGUCAAGUCUUGCGUACCUGGUGCUCUUAGUGCUGAAUAUAAUACAGGAGUACCUUACGACAAUCUCUGCGAUCUAUGUCAUGGCACGAAAGAACGUUACUGCCGUCGCGAUGCCUCAGAAGAUUACUACGGCCAUACCGGUGCUUUGCGUUGCCUAGCCGAAGGUGGUGGCGAGGUUGCUUUCGUAAAACAUACAACCGUUGCUGAAAACACAGAUGGCAAACGCAGGGAAUGGUGGGCACGUAAUACUUUUACCAAGGAUUUCCAGCUACUCUGCCCUGAUGGUACGCGUAAAUCCACUAACGAUUACUUGCUUUGUAAUCUUGGCAAAGUCGUUGCCAACGCUGUAGUUACAAGAGGUGGUUACCACUCGUACAACGAGACUCAAAUCAACGCCUACGCGAAUUUACUCAUAUAUGCGCAACAAUUUUACGGUCGAAAAGAACAAGAUGAAUUCACAUUCGGUAUGUUCUACAGUCAGCCACCGUACAGCGAUUUGAUUUUCCAGGACGCGACGCAGCAGUUGGCUAUAAUUCCUCCUGAAAAACGUGAAUACAGCGCUUAUUUGGGCCAAGACUUUAUGCGUGCAAGACGGACUGUCGAUUGUACUGCUGGCUCUAUGGCUUGCGAACAUUCACUAAUUGGCACACUUUUAAUGAUAACGCUGACGUUUCUUCUUAGCCGAUAAUUGUAUAGUAGUCCGAUCAAUUUGUCUGAAAUUUGUUAACUUUUAACGUACUGAUUCGGACGUUUGUCUCUAAAGCGAGCGUUUUCGAAAUAAAACCAAGUGCCUUCUGUCCAAGAAAGAGUAAUGAGGUAUUUUGUAGUGAUGUAAAAGCCGUCCAAAGAAUUCCUUCGAUUCUUUUUUCAUUUUAUAUUGUACCGCUUUGUAUUUAACUCUAUUUUUAUGCGUUGGGGAGCAUAUUUUCGAACCUUUUAUACAAAUAAUUCUUUUAUAGAGAUCGUGAUAGGUCAGUUUUACAUAUAUCUAUAUACAUAUAUGAAACAAAUUCAUGAUCAUUGUACAUACGAAGAUUUAUUCAUACGAUUUAGUACGAAACUCACAUUCAAAAUGUAGUUUAUAGUUAGCGACCAUAAAAAAACUGGUGAUACUGCUUUUCUUUCUUAAACUCAACCACUUGCAUAUUAACCUCACGCACUUUAAAAUACUUUCAAUAUUUUUAAGUAUAAACCUUUUUAUGUGUUUCUAUGUGCAACUAAAACUCAAUCCGUCCAAGAAUUAAACUACAGCGUAUAUUGUGCAUAAGAAAAAGACUAUGAGUAUUAUAACUCCAAGACCGUCCAUUUUAUAUAUUUAAUGUUAAAUUAUAAAAGUAUACAAUUAUAAUUCUUAUAAACGUUAUCGUGGUAUUGACUUUUAUAAUGAAGUUUUCAAAUUGUCAUCAUAGAAUAAAUUUUUAAAAAAUAAUAAAACAAGACUGUACUUUGAUUUGCAGCUACCUUCAUCUAUUGAUCAAAAUUAUCAUUUGGCCAACCUUCAAAAUAUUAAAUUUAUAAAUUAACGUUAAAAUUUACAGUAACAUUUAGAAGAUGCCAGCCGUCGUGAAACGUGCACCUGACCAACUUAAACCAAAAAAGAAAAAAAAAAUCAAAAAGUUUGUAUGCAUACGGAAAUGUAGACAGGCUGACUGUUGUGAAUAAAAUCGAAUUAAAUCUAUUUGACGUUGAUUUAGAAUAAAGCCCCGGGUACUGAAACUCAAAAGAUGGCUGAAGACGCCCGAAGACUGGGCACAAUUCGACGCGUGGGUGAAGGUUAAUGCGCUUCCAAGAAAAUUACCAGAUCCCGAACCCAUAGUAAUUCUGCAUAAUUUAAUUUUUAUUCAACAUGAUUAAAAAAAAUAUUUAACCUUUGAAUGACGUGAUUCAAUUGCUUUGAAAAAUUAUUUUUGAGUACUAAAUUGACUUAAUUUUCGUUUCACCGAGAUCCGCAAAGCAGUGAAACUACGCCAACUGAAUAAACGCCUCAAAGUUCUCUCCAAACCGAUCGUUCGCCCGGUGACUCAGUGCGUAAAACGGUUAAUGACUCGAA